AUGGAGGACGCCGCGACUCCCCGGCAGGCGGAAGGCGUCGCUGGGGGCCCCGGAGCGCCGUCGGCCGCGGGGCGGGGAGCGGCGCUGGUGCAGCUCACCUCGACCCCCGGCGGCCUGGCCCUGGUGAGCCCCUACCACACCCACCGGGCGGGGGACCCUCUAGACCUCGUGGCGCUCGCAGAGCAGGUGCAGAAGGCUGAUGAAUUCAUCCGAGCAAAUGCCACCAACAAGCUGACAGUUAUAGCUGAGCAAAUCCAACAUUUACAAGAACAAGCCAGAAAGGUAUUGGAAGAUGCUCACAGAGAUGCUGAUUUGCACCAUGUAGCUUGUAAUAUAGUGAAAAAGCCUGGCAACAUUUACUACCUUUACAAGCGGGAGAAUGGUCAGCAGUACUUUUCCAUUAUUUCUCCAAAGGAAUGGGGCACAGGUUGCCCACAUGAGUUCCUUGGUGCCUUCAAACUGCAGCAUGACUUGUCCUGGACUCCAUAUGAAGACAUUGAGAAGCAAGAUGCUAAAAUCAGCAUCGUGAGCAAGUUGCUAAGCCAGCCUGUGGCCCUGCCUCCAUGUGCUGAACCCAACCUCCAGGGACUGACCCACUGAGUGUGGACUCUGACAGCCUGUUCUCACAGCAAGGACCUGCCGCCGCCGCCUCCUUGCCCCUCUCUGCUUUGAUGGGAGCAGCGUGAGAAUUGAGGGCAUGUUGGUGAAUCAUGAUCUUCUUGGAGCCUGCGUGAAUGUAACUGUUGUCAUUGUUAAUCACUUUUGGGUGGGAUGGUAAUGAUCCACAUCACUCUUUGGGGAUCCUUUCUGGGCCACAGGUACCUACCCGGGCCAGUGUAUUCUCCCCUUCUCUUUUGUUGCCAUCUGUUAUCCACAGAAGUCAGAGCAUUAGAAAAAGAAGAGUUUCUUCUUGCCACAAACAAGUUGGCAAUUCAUCUGCUGAAUAGGGUGAUUUUAGUCUUUAUGUAACUGGAAGUGUUUAAGAUUAGGGCUGGGGCUAUUUAGCAAUUAGUGCAGCUUCAGCUUCAGAUUGAUGUGGAACAAGAAUGUUGGUUCGAGGAAGAUUAUAAACAACUUCACUUGCCUGGACUAGAGAGUGUGAUGCUGAUAAGUCUGCACCACCGGAGAGGUUUGAGCUGCCCUUUCUGUCUAGAGUGACUGGAAAGCCUGAGGCAGCAGCAAUGGCCAGAAUUUGGGAGGGUCAGCUUCUACACUCACAGAGUUUUAGACUUGGAAGAUAAGUGGUGUUGGUUGUAGAUACCACUAAGCACUGUAUGAAUGCACUCAGUAGCCUCGCCAAGGAGGAGGUUGAGUCCAGCAGCAGCAGCAGAGGAGCAAAUUGUGUACACGACUUCUUUAAAAUAUUAUGAAAAAGAAACUAGAGCAAUAGCUGAGAAACCAGAAAAAACAUCCAUCCUGUUAAUUAUAAGUUAAUUCACACUGAAACUCAGUUUGACCUGAAAUAUUCAGGAACUUAGAACUGAGGCUUUUUGGCUGAUUACUCUGUUCUGCUCUGGCUGGGCGCUUGUGAGACUCUACCUCGUUUUCUGUUUGUUCAUAAGUUUUAACUAACUUUAUAGCCAGGCUGUACUUCCUCCAGUACCAUAUAAUCUUUAAGAACAUACUUUAAUGGGUUGAGAGAUGUGUAGUUGAAACCAUAGUUGACUAAGUUCCUUUCCAGGGAUGGAUGUAUGUCGUGCUGAUCUUCUUGAUGAUACCCUAACCCCCUCCUGGUAUUCAUGGCCUCACUUUAUAAGCCAGGCUUCUUGUGAGUUAUACAUGGCCUGCAAAGUCCGAGCGUAAGAUAGGGCUUGAACCUGACAAGGUCCCACAGGUGAUGUGGGUGACUCAAUUCACAGGGCAGUGUUCUGCUGAGCCUGCUGCAAAAGCCUCAGUGGGCUGCUGUGGGACACACACACAUACAUCCCACAUUAGCCGAUUCUGACUUCAGAAAGCACCCCAGGUUUUCAGAAGGUUCUGAGCUAUAUGUUAAUGACACAUUUUGUGUAGGUGCUUUAUUGCUGCAUAAAUUACCACAAACUUAAUGACUUAAAACAUACUUUUUUUUUUUUUAAUAAGGGAAGAACUUUCCAUCUGUUGAUACUAGGAAAGUUAACAUUUGAUUGUCUUUUGGUGUUUCUUUCUUUUUUUUUUUUUAAAGAUUUAUUUAUACAAGCACUGGGUACAGUCAGAAGCGCGGGAGAGUGAGAGAAUUCAUCAGAGCCAGAGCGGGGAACAGAGCAGCCAGAGUGACGAAAUACACUGCUGAGGGGAGCAGCCGGCGCAGCAGGAGAGGUCUGUCGCGCCAUGUGGGACCCUCCCCUGUGGCCAGGGAUCGAACCGACGCUGCAGAGGCUGCAGGCAGCUUCGCAGCCCAGCGCUCAACUGCUGCGCCACCAGGGGAGGCCCAAAACAUACAUUUAUUAUCUCAUAGUUUCUGUGGACCAGGGGUUCAGCUUUACUUAAUGGGGUCCUCUGCUUCAGGGUUUCUCACAAGGCUGCAAUCAAGUUACUGGCCAGGGCUGGAUUCUCAUCUGAAGGGAGACUCAACUGGAGAAGGAUCUGCUUCCCAGCUCACUAUAUUGUUGGCAGAAUUUUCUUCCUCAAGGGUUGUUGGGCUGAGGAGCUCAUACUACUGGCCAGAGGCUGCCCUCAGUUCUCUGCCACAUGGGUCUAGGCAAAAUGACAACUUUCUUCAUCAAAGUCAGCAGGAAUGAGGGUCUACUAGCAGGAUAGAAGUUUUAUACUUAUGUAGUGAAUUUUUAGUUAUUUAUAGCUGCAUAAAAUUGCCACAAAUUGUGGGAGUGACACAAUACCCUGAAUACCAUGUAUUCUAUUGCUUAGAAGCAAGUCACAAGGUCAGCCUAUACUCAAUGGAAGGAAUUACAUAAAGGCAUGAACACUAGAAGGCAGAAAUCAUUGAAUCAUUGAAAAGGUCUUAUUAUCACUCACUCUUUCUGUCACAGUGCACAGUGAGGGAGAAAGGAAGGUCUGGGGUAAAAGGCAGUAUUACAAAGUGGUUAAGCAUGAUGGUGUUGAAGUCACACAUCUGGACUUGCCUCUCAAGCCUGACAAAGUAACCUCCCACUUGGUAUCCCUGCUUCCUCCUCUCCAGUCCUUCCUGUGUAUGUCAUCAGCUUGAUGUUCUGAAAAUGAAAAUCUCCCUCAUUCUGGACAUUGAACACUGGAACAGAAAAACUGAUUCAAAAGAGAAAACUUCCUUCUGUUCAAUAAUGUGCACUCCUACCCUGGCCACCAGGGUAUAUCAUUGUUCUUUUCACAGUUAAGCAAUCACAAAGCUUAGGGAAAGUGGAUAUAGCAUCUCGGAAUGGGGAAGUAGGAUCCAGUAAUACAAUAACCAUUUUUCAUUCACUUAUCCAUCUAUCCAUCAGACCAUUUCCUGAGAUUAGGUACAUUGUAGGUUUUGGGUUCUGGAGAAUAAACACAGAUGAGUAAGACAGACCUCUGUAAAGAUCUCAUAGUCCUAUAGCAUAUGAAAGCAAGUCAAGUUAAGCUGACAACAUGGUAGAAGAAGGGCUAUGACAGGUAUACAUGGAAUAUGGGGUCCUGGGGAGGGGUGCCUGACAUCUUGGAGAAUUUGGCAAGACUCCUUGGAGUAGCUGAUACCUGCUUAGAUGUAAAAAAACAAGAUAAAGCUUGUUUCAAGCCUACAACCUCCCUCUCUAGGGAGAAUGUCUUUGGGGGUUGAGUUAGGGUUUAUUUUUGGAUGGAGUUUACUUGUGAGUAGAGAAAAGGAUUUCCACUUAACAAGCCAUAUCAACCAAAGUAAUCUUGACAAU